AUGCAGUUCAAUCUUAUUCUCGUCGCUCUUAUUGGCUCAGCUGUAGCCUUACCAACAGUUCCUCGUGACACCACGACUCAAGACGCUGCACUGGGGAAUUAUUAUGGGAUCAACAAGCGCGCGGAGAAUGUUCAGGACUCUGCACUUGGCAAUUAUUAUGGAAUCAACAAAAGAGCCGAUAACACCGACGACGCGGCGCUGGGCAAUUAUUACGGGAUUGCAAAGCGAGGCCAGGAUUCUGCACUAGGUGAUUACCAUGGAGUGAAUAAGCGUGCGGAAGACAGUCAGGAUGCUGCACUGGGAAACUAUGUUGGGAUUGCAAAGCGUGCCGACACCGCUCAGGAUUCUGCACUCGGUAAUUAUUAUGGGAUCGCAAAGCGUGGUCAAAACGCUGUAAGCGGUGAUUCUGCACUCGGUGAUUAUCAUGGAGGGAGCAAGCGCGCAGAAGAUGGUCAGGAUUCUGCCCUCGGCACUACUAUGGGAUCGCAAAGCGCGCCGAAGAUAGUCAAGACUCGGCACUAG